AGCUGUCAGCUAAGCUAUCCUCUGUUUUUCAUUGUAACUUCAUAGCAAAUAUGGAGUUCACAGGUAGCAGUUACACUGGAGCCUUCAAUAAUGGCAGGAUGGAGGGAGAAGGAGAGUAUAAAUUCCCCACAGAGACGAGAUAUGUUGGGGAUAUGAAGGAUGGCAUGUUCCAUGGAAAAGGUGUUCUCUAUUUUCCAAAUGGAAGCAAAUAUGAAGGAACUUGGGAGAAAGGGAUAUCCAAACAGGGAAAGUAUACCUUCUCUGAUGGGCUGGAGUACCAGGAGAAGGACUGGGAGUUCUGUGAUGGUUAUGACAGACAGUUCUACACUGAGAGGUGCAAUGGACUCAAACCUGCAGGGGAGUCUCAGCUGACAGACCUGGACCCGCCGCGUGUCAUCCCAGAUGGCUGCUAUGACUGUGGGGACGGCUUCUACGACCCCAACACCAGGGUUAUCACUGACUAUGAGCAUCAAUUCCUGAGGAACGCAGAUGACUAUGAACGGGAGUGGAUUGUGUCCACUUGUCGGAAGAGCUGGGAUGAGAUCGUUGGACAUUCACCUGACAACUAGGCUGAAUUUCAGAACUGGACAUUGAGUUGAGGGGCCUGAGCAGCUGCUGAUUUAAAGGCAGCUACUUUAUGGAAUGUUUAACUGUAUAGGCUACCUGUGAAUCAUAUUUUGUGAAAUAUGGAAUAUUACACAUUUUCGUUGUUAUAAAUAUGAUUUUAACAGAUGCAUAAAAACAUCGGUAGGUUUAUUUCAGAUGCACAAAAACACAGCGAAACGCAUGUAAUGUAGCCAGCCUAUACUGAAAUUAAAUGUGAUAAAGUCUAGAUCGAAAAAGAUGCUACUGCUUCAAACAUGUUCAUGCAGAA